AUGGCUGAGCAACUGUUUCCAGGCCUGGAGCGUCCACUGCCGCAACUUCCCUCCUUGCCUUACACUCUCUUUGCAUAUCGCGAGGAGCUGCGACGUCGGGACUCCCCCUUUAUGAAGAUGUCCACCAUCAAGCUGCAUUUGACAGAUAACCUGAUACUACAAACGAUUAAAAAUAUUCGUCAACUGGAUACUAUGGAGAUAAUGAAUCUGAAUCGUGAAAUUGUCUUCAAGCGUAAGCUGACCAAGCAGAUGAGAAAGGUACGCAAACUGGAGAAACUGGGGCUAAAUGUGGAUCCACGUCAGCUCAAUGGAUUACAGUGGCACUAACUUAACGCGAAAUACAGCAGAAAACGGUGUACAACAGCAAAUACGAAAUGACAAUGAACAAGAAAAACAUACUCUAAGCAUGUCCAAUAACUAAGUAGUUUCUAAGCUAACAAGUUUCUAAAACUCAGUUGUAAGCUGAACUUAAGUCGACUUUAUAAGUACUCGUACUAUAUACAUCAUUUUUUUCGUAAGCUAAAUAAAAUG